UAAAUAUUUAGGAGAAUGCGUUUAGUUUACAGCGGGUUACAUUUUAACCAUUUAAGGUUAACGUACGAAACGGUUGAUAAAUAUAUUUUGUAGUGUAAACAUUUCAGUUGGGAGCAUUUUGUCUACAGUUUUUAAUAUGUACGGUAAAGAUCAAUCGAUAUGAUACAACCAAGCAUUAUGAAGAUAAUCUCUCGCCUUUAAUACCAAGAACGAGUGAAGUUUAACAUGGAUGACAAAGGCAUGUGUCUCUUCUUCCAUGUUAGCCUGUUGGCAAUGUGUAGUUGUGGUUUUGGUGCGACAGAAAGGACACAUGAGACUAACUACCAAAGAGAUAAUGACGCACUGAAGCCAACCGCUAUAACUUGCUUGCUUUUCGACCGUGUGGUGACUUGUACCUGGCUAUUAGGAAUUCAGCACAACAAGAGCAUUGCUGUAGAUACCUCAUGCGAUAACAUAAGAAGUGAUGUAUCUGUGCAGAUGUAUUUCGCCACAUAUAUCGCGUCGGGGAGCAACGAUUAUGAAUCCUGGAAGCCAUGUCCAAAUCAAAGACCUACAUCGUGUACUUGGACUUAUACGCACGAUUCAGAAUUUUACGUUAUGGUGAUAGUUAAUAACAAUAGAUUAAAAACAUGUACAGGAUUCAGCAUUGAAAAGAUAAAAUUAAUAGUGCCUAAAUAUAUGGACCAUGGAUUCGCCGUUCAGACACUCGUGUAUAUAGAAAAUUCACUUCUAUUAGUCUGCACAGCAUUCCUUCUUGUUACAUUGGCGGUAACAGUAGUUCUUGUGCUCGAACCGACAAUUAGACGUAGACGCAGUAUCAGUCUAGAUCGAUCAAUGGAAAGAAUAUACGAAAGGGAUAUUACGAUGCCUUCAAGUAGGAUACUGGUUGGGAACACUUUUUCGGACAGGGGAAAAAUAGAGCCGAAAUAUAAAAAUGUGUCCGAAAAAUGGUUCCUAACAGUACGUGCUUUCCGACAAGUUGAACACGAAUACUUACUUCCAAGGAGUAAUUACACAGUUAAAGACUCUUGGACAGAAAACAUUUAUCGGAGGAGUGUUGGUUUACCUUGGAAGUAUGUAUUCGACGAUGCACUUCCGACAGAUAGUGAAUUACAAUCUGUUUGCAGCCUCUUUGGUAAACGUUCUAAACGAUUAAGGAAUGUUUGUGCAAAAAUUUGUGACACUAUUCAAGUGAAAUUGACAAACGGUAGCAAAGUGUGGCCAGCAUACACGCUUUCAAGUGACAAAAUUGUUUUUGUCGUAGAGAGCGAUAUGAUAUCGUCUGAUAUCAGAGUCAAUGACUUCAGAAUUCAUUUGAUUAAUUCUCAUAUCACAUUGCAAAAAGAAAGUCAGAUAGUAAUGUUAAGAGAAAAGGAAAUACUAGCUCUAUGUUACGAUAAGUAUGGAAUUGAGACAUUCGAAAAACUCAAACAAAUCAUAUCGAAGAACGCAGAACAGUUAAUGGAUAAACACAAAUUUAUCAAUGCAAUAACUCCAGGUAUUGCUAAAUCCAUUGGUUAUUUAACACCUAGACAGCACAAGCUUAUUGAAACACCAUGCAUUUCAAUAUACGUUAAAAGAAAAGUAAGGAACUUAAUUCCACUAGGUGAGGAGCCUAUACCAGGUACAAUUGAUAAUUUCCCAACCGAUGUUAUAGAAGGGAAAUUCGAUUUCUUUUGCAACGGACCAAAUGACUAUCAUAAAGUUAUAAAAAUAGGAUGCGGGAUCCAUGCUGGUGUGAGGACCGAUAACGGUGAUAUAUUAGGAGGAACACUAGGAGCGUUUGUUAAACACAAAACCUUUGACCUAUGUUGCAUUACAAGUGCCCAUGUCGUUUUGUCACAUGAAGAACUGCAGUGGACAAAGAGGUACAGUUAUUCAGACUUCGGGAAUAAUGAAACAAAAAUGGUUUUCCAGCCGGCAUGUCAACAGUCGGAAUCCUUUGGUAGAGUUGUUGCUGCGUCAUAUAAAGAAGGAGGACACCGCUCUCCAGGUGUUGAAGUGGCUUUAAUACAAGUUCAGCGUAGGAAACCGAUCUCCGGGUCCUUCCCCCAUGCCAACACAGGUUCUGGACCAGACGUAUCAUUUGUCUUCGAUUCCGGUAAUGUAAUUGACGCAACUCUAUUACGGCCUAUGACGGAAGUUUACAAAUUUGGUAUGGCCACUGGACCAACUACAGGUUACCUUGGACUACAAGGUGCUGCAGUUCGCGUGGGAUCCAAUCAUUUGGAUGAUUCGAACUUUGGAGUUCGGUUGUAUAACCAAUUAGAAAUAUUACCGAAACAUAAUUCAUCCUUUGCAAAGAUUGGUGAUUCUGGAGCACUUGUUUUCAUCGGACACCCGCACUGUCCAGCUGCUAUAGGGAUCUUAGAGGGUGGUUUGCCCAAUGGUAAAAUAUUAGUUACUCCUAUAAUUGAUGUUUUAGAAGCCUUGAAGUGCCCAAAUUACUUACAUAGAUUUGAGCAGGACUCGGACUCUGGUAUAAAUUUAAAAUUCCCAGGGAGCGCAGAGGGUGAAAAUAUCGAGGAAGAUAUGGAUUAUAAUUAAACAUUAGUCGUUUUAGGAAUGAAUGCUAUCAUGUGACAAGGGCUGAAAUAUACAACUAAAACUGGCAUUUAUUGCAAUGGUGUACUUUAUUUGCUUUAUUGAAAAAGUAACACAAGAAUUCAAUCAGAACUGAUUUUAAUGCCUGGUCAAAAUAUUUAAAAAUAACUUAUUUUGUGUGUAGUUGAAAUUACAUUUGUACCUUUAUAUCAUAUAUCAAGUCUAAUAUCAAAAUUUGCUUCUGUAUCCGUUGUUUUACACUCAUGUAAAACAUUCUUGUACCAUUUCGUAUAACGCGAGAGUAUGCAUUACACCAACCUACAGUAUCAAUUGUAACGCCAAAUUGAUUAUAAGUCAUUCCGUUAGUAUGAGAAAAUUACAUGUAAUGUGGGAAAGACUCGGGAAUGUUUACAGUGCGUUAACCUGUAUACAUCACGUCUACCAUUUCAGAUUCCUUUGUUUGAAUGAAUAAAAUGUUCUUAUGUAUGAACGUGAUUAACGGAUGAUAACAGAGGUUAUGUAUGUGUAUAAUGCUUAAAUAAAACACAUCUCUCAUUGUGUCAGUUUUAGUUUUAGCUAAACUGUAUUGAUAAAUGUGUUGUUUAUGAUAUAUAUUUAUAGGUUAUUGGCUUUGUAUUGUCCAAUUUAUUUGACCUGUCAAAAAUGGACCCGGUUUUCUCUAUAUUCUUUUCGAGCCUAUAUGAAGAUUAACAUGAAAGCCGGGAACAUGUUUUGACAGGUCAAUUAAAUUGGACAAUACCGGGACAAAUGCAUGAGUUCUGCAGCGGAAAUAUUGCGCGACUUUAGGAGCGCAGAAUUAUUCCGCCGAAGAAAGAGUAUUCCUCGAUGCAAAGAUAGUAAACUUUCUUAUUACAAACAUAUCUAUCUAUACUUAUAAAUGUAAUGUAAAAAGAUUGAAUUAGUUCAAUAGCCUGGAUUUUACUGACGAAACUAAAAUUCAAAACAUAAUAAAUGCAAUGAUGCAAAUUAAGUUACGUCACUCGCCCGAUGUUGAUUCAGGCGUCAGCUUAUGAAUAAAUAUUGAAGUUUCUGGUUCCAUUGUAACUUAACGGGGAAUAGGAAACAUUAUGUAAUAAGAAUGUAUACACUUUAUGUGCAAUGGUAACAAUCGUUGAUGCAUUUUAGAUCAAAUAACUACUAUUUUGCUCAUAUUUUCAUUGGUUCAAGUGAUUUCAUAAUAUGUUUUGGAACAAUAAUUAUUAGUUUGUAAUUAGACCUUUUAAUUUUUUAUAUUGAGUGCAUAAUCUAAAAUAUAACAACUUCUUCCUUGCUUCCCGUAUCUGCUUCUUAAUAUAACUGUUCAGCGAAAUAACAAUGUCACUUUUUUGUUAAGGGCGGCGGCAUUAAUUUUUAAGGCAUGUUUAUUUUUCAGAAUAUUCUUACAUUUCCCUAGCAAAAACAUACAACAAACAUAAUUUUGUAUCGUAUAUAAUAACAGUUUUGGUCUGUCGUAAACGUUUAAGGAUUUAGCCGGUGUACUGAAGUUAAGUUUGGUGAAUAAAUAUACAAACAGAAAGAAGACGUAAGAAAAAGAGACUACCUUGGCAUAAGAUAUAGAGUAUAUUAUUGCAUCAAAGAAGAAUUCGGCUAAAUCACGAUUUAUUAAGACAUAAAGAUAUACUUUUAAUAUACGACCAGUAAAGAUUCCAAGGUCAUGUUAUUUUGUGCUUAUCUCAUAUGAAAAACUUAUACCUCAAUCAAAUUUUAAUAAUGGCAAUGUUGAUGAAUUGUUUUCGUACAAAUUUGUUAGUUGAAUAAAAUGUAAAGGGUUCUAUUCUUAUUUGUUUGCGAUAUGUACGCAUGAUUAAAGAGAUCAAACAUA